AUCGAAAGUCACGUUUUCCCAUCAUCGUAUUACCAGUGGUCUAGGCUUUAUCAUUGAAGUGCUGUGGUGUGCUUACAACCAAAACUUUUAAUUUUGAUAGAACAAUUUUACGAAGAAAGGGACUCAGUAAAUUGGGCACAGUUGAAUCGUACUGUCUCGGUGGUAAAACGCGUACCUCAAGAUGGGUGUCCCGAAAUUCUUCAGAUACAUAAGCGAGAGGUAUCCCUGCCUCAGCGAAACGAUCAAGGAAUAUCAGAUGCCAGAAUUUGAUUAUUUAUAUUUAGACAUGAAUGGUAUCAUACAUACAUGUUCACAUCCGAAUGACAAUGAUGUUCACUUUCGUAUUUCUGAGGAUACCAUUUUUAAAAAUAUAUACCACUAUGUAGAAGUAUUAUUUAACAUGAUACGGCCGCAGAAGCUAUUUUUUAUGGCAAUAGACGGGGUAGCACCUAGAGCUAAAAUUAAUCAACAGAGAGGCCGGCGGUUUAGAUCUGCCAAGGACGCUGAAAUACAAGAGGCUAAAGCUUUGGCACAGGGUAUUCAAAUACCCGAGGAAAAAAAAUUUGAUUCGAACUGUAUAACCCCAGGAACCUUCUUUAUGGCUGAACUCGCUAAACAGCUCAAACGUUUUAUUGUACAUAAGAUUUCUACAGAUGAUGCUUGGAAAAAAUGUAAAGUACUAUUCAGUGGCUCUGAGGUCCCUGGAGAGGGAGAGCACAAGAUUAUGGAUUUCAUAAGAUAUAUGAAAGCAAGUAAAGAUUAUGACAUUAACUCUAGACAUUGUUUAUAUGGUCUAGAUGCCGAUUUAAUAAUGUUAGGUCUAUGCUCGCAUGAGCCAAAUUUCUCUCUUUUAAGAGAGGAAGUUAAGUUUGGUAAGAAGCAAAAGAGGAUUCAGACUCCCGAAGAGACGAAGUUCUGCCUUCUUCAUUUGUCGCUCUUACGAGAAUAUUUAGAUCAUGAAUUUUCGCCGGUUAAAUACAAAAUAUCUUUUCCAUAUGAUAUUGAGAAAAUAAUCGAUGACUGGGUUCUAAUGGGAUUCCUUGUGGGAAAUGAUUUUAUUCCCCACUUGCCAAAUUUACAUAUUGCCAACGGUGCACUGCCAAUUCUGUACCGUGCGUAUAUGGAAGUAUUACCAACGUUCGAAGGUUAUAUAAAUGAAGCAGGAACGUUAAAUCUGAACCGUUUCGAGAAGUUUAUGGAGAGACUUAGUCGUUUAGAUGUAGAACAGUUUAACGAACAUUAUGCUGACUUGAAGUAUUUUGAAAGUAAAACAGGUAGAAAGCCUAAUGAAUCUGAACGUCAUGUAUAUAAGAAAUCGGAAGACGAAGAAGCUGCAUCUCCCAAAAAGAUACAAAAUAAAGAUUUAGACGCUUUAAUUAAAUCUACCACAGAAAUGUCCUUAGGACAUUCCGACGAGGAUGACGAUUUGGACGAUGAAUCCGACAGUGAUAUAUAUCAAAUGGAAUUUGUACAGCAUAAAAGAGAUUAUUAUAUGAACAAGUUAGAGUACAAAAAUGUUGAUGCGGACUUUUUACGUUCACAAGCAGAGGGUUAUGUGAGAGCGAUACAAUGGAAUUUGAAUUAUUAUUAUAACGGCUGUUGCAACUGGUCGUGGUACUAUCCACAUCAUUAUGCCCCGUAUAUUUCAGACAUAAAGGAUUUCAAAGAUCUGAAGUUGGAAUUUGAGUUGGGAGAACCGUUCUUACCAUUCGAACAAUUACUGGCUGUAUUACCAUCAUAUAGCAAGGACCUGUUGCCAGUGGCGUUUCAAUCGCUAUUGGUGGAAAAAAAUUCUCCAAUCAUCGAUUACUAUCCGAAUGAUUUCAAGACUGAUUUAAACGGGAAGCGGCAAGAAUGGGAAGCAGUGGUGCUUAUUCCGUUCAUCGACGAGAAACUAUUGUUAGCCGCUAUGCAGCCACAUUUAAAGCAGUUAACAGCAGAGGAACAGCAACGAAAUAAGCACGGACAGAUGCAUUUGUAUUCAUAUACCGACGAAGAACUGGAUAUUCACCAGGCGACAUCGGACUUCCCGGGAAUUAUCAGUCACGCUCAAGUGUCACUGAUAAAUCGUGACGACAUUUUCGUGCCGAAGCAGCAGCUGGUCCGAGGGCUGUCCCCGGGCUUCGACGUAAACGUUUAUUACCCUGGAUUCCCUAAACUGCAUCACAUUCUUCACACGGCGUGUUUGACGAAAGCGGAGGUGAAAGUGUUCCAGCAAACAUCGCGAGGCGAAAAUAUGAUAUUGCACAUAAUGUCGGAACAGUCACCGAAUUUGGAGGACUUGGCGUCGCAGCUGUUGGGAAAGAGCGUGCACGUUGAUUGGCCUUACUUGAAGGAAGCCCUCGUGGUCGGUGUGGCUAACUGCAAUACAAAGUUCGCUUUAAUCGACUCGCUGGCAGGUUACAGUCACGACAAUGUGAACAAAGAAGACGUGAAAGGCCCGUCAGUCGCGGAAUGGAAUAUACAAGUGAAACAUAUCAGAGAGACAUAUUUGUCGCGUCUUGGGAUAUCUAUAGGCCAUACGGACGUGCUGAUUUACGCUCGUCCUUUCCUAGGUAACAAGUACAUUUUCGGCGCUCAAGGCAAAUUGACGCUCGAGAAACAGUGGGCAAAAUCGCCCGUACCUUAUGUUUAUCAGACGGUGGUCAUGGACAUUCCCAUUUAUUACAAGAGCCCACCGGUCUACAAAAGCAUGCACGAGAUCUUCGUACCAGGAAAUAUCUGUUUCAUGUUGGGCUACCCUUACUACGGUGCGAUGGGACAGGUUUUGCCAAAUAAGAUGGAUGACACGAAGCUACGCAGAGUCCAAAUUUCCGUGACGAUUGCAAAGGAACCAUCGUUGGACACCAUUAAGCAAACCCAUGCCCAACAAAAGACACGAUAUAUGCACGGCAGUAUCGCCGCGCAACGUCUUGGAAUAAGCAGUCAUCUGCUGAGCAGGAUCACCGGUACGAUUUACGUCGUACGGGCAUCGAACGAGUUGGACAUUACAAAGCACAAUGUCGGAUUAAAUUUGAAAUUUAAUAAAAAGAACGAAGAGGUACCUGGUUACACGAAGAAAGAAAAUAACCAAUGGCUGUACAGUACAAAAGCGGUUGAACUGAUCCGUAAUUACAUGGCCAAGUGUCCUGACUUGUUCGAACGUCUAGCGGGAAACGUGACGAACGAUAUUUUCCAAGAGGAAGAGUUGUUCGACAAGGGAUCGAACGAGCUGGAAAAUAUAAUCGCUUGGUUGAAAACGGAACUGUCCGAUAUAGAGAGUCGCGCUUGCGGAGUAGAAGCCGUGGACACGGAAGUGGUGCGAAAGAUCGAAGAGGAAUUGGAGGAAUACUUGAACACACAGAGCACCGAUAGCAAGACAGUGAUUAUACAGGUGCAACCGCACUUGCUCUUCAAGCCAGGGUUACAUUUGCGCAACGUGGCGCCUGAUUCGAAUACCCAGAACCGUUUGUUGGACCGUAUUUGUUGCGUUCGAAACGGCUUCACCGUACCAAUCGGAGCUAAAGGCACUGUCGUGGGAAUACAGAAGGCAAAUAACAACCCGUUGGAGACUAUGUUCGAUGUGGUGUUCGACAAGCCUUUCUUAGGUGGACUCUCGAUAAAUGGAUGCUCGCAGACGCGCAGUUAUCGCCUGGCGGCCACGGAUUUCGUGAACAUCAGCUACGGCGAGAGAAUGGAGCAUGGCAAUCCGAUGAGCGAGCCGACGGAAAAUUGGCGACAAAUGACGGGCGCCUCGUCGCCGAAGAGGAGCGUCCGUCAGUCGCCGAAAGUGUCGCCGCAGAUGCGUCUCGCCAAGAAGGGCCUCGAGAAAUUGAAUCAGGACAUACUGUCGCAAAUGGAGUCGUGCAAGAAACCGGCGGAGAAUUAUCCGAGCGCCUCCGCCAGCCAGUCGUCCGAGUUCCAAGCGUUGUGGAACGAGCUGCACAGAUUGCAGAAGCCGAGUGUGCCGCCGCCGGAGAAGGUCAUGAGGAUGAAGCCGGUCGCCAAUAACCACAGCGUACAGUCGCAGCCGCAGGAUCCCAGCGCCUUCUUGAAGGCUAUGUUGAAAAUUCCUGACGGAGAUACGCAGACGAGCAAGCAACAGAGCGGCCAACCGAUGAUGGCGCCAUCCACGGCAACGUCCCAGGAAACGACAGUCGUGGAAAAGAAUCGAACAUCGGAUCCACCGCCACCUUUGGUGCAACAAUGGUUUGACCAUGCUCGGCGUGCCGAGGGGAAACAGGAGGAAAUUAAUCCCAUCUGGCAUUGCUCGCAAUUAUUGAAACAUUUCUCAUGCAAUAGAAUCGGCAUGCCGAAGUACAAUUAUUUUAUCGACGAGAAAACCGGCUUGAUCAGCUGCAAGAUUUGUCUGCAGGACGCAACCUUUAGAGGUGAUCCUUGCGCCACUCACGAGCAGGCCGCGGAAAGCGCUGCGAAGAAAACGUACAAGGCGUUAAAUUUGGAUAAGGCGUUGACACCCGAUACGAAAAUGGUGCCGGCGCCUCGACAACAAUGGUACAACGGCCAGCAGAACAGCUCUUGGGUCCAAAAUAUCCGGCCUCCUGUGAUGCCAAUGUGUCCUCCAAAGAUGCCGCCGAUCCCGCAGAAUCUGAACAUGCAGCCCAACUUAUUUUAUCCAAAGUGGAGCCAGAAACUGCCACCGCCGAAUCCAGGCUUCGGUCAGCACACCGCGGCGUCGUACAGUCAGGGCAGGCUGCAGCAGGGGAAACCUCCGAGCCAGCCGAAGGUAGAAAUAAGACAGAGCACCGCGUUUGUACCCUUGCAGGCUCAGAAGAAGAACAGAAACGCCAGCGUGAAGCAGACCCCGAAAGAAGUGAGUUCAAACGUCAAGAAAAAUCCUAACCCCAAAAUGCAGCAGCAGCAGCAGCAACAACAACAACAAAAAAAGGAAGACACCCAAAAGACGUUACUCAAGAACGAAGCGUCGGAAACUGUAAAUAAGAUCAAGAAGGAGGAACCAAGCGAGCCUCAUAUGUCGCAACAGCCGCAGAAUGCCGCGGUAAAAACGUCCAAGCCCAGAAAAUCGCGCGUCGCCGCGAAAUUCGGCGCGCAAGACCUGUCGAACGGCGGCGAACCCCAAUGAAGACUCUGCUUCGGCCCGGUAUGACGGAAGUAGAGAUCUCUCCGACGGAUUAUAUGUAAAUAUGAGAGAAACUAUACAACUGUAUUGCUACACCCACCAUCUCUUCGUUCCUGCUCGUUUUCUACAUUUUAUAAUAAUGCGUGCAGAUUUUUCUUUCAAGAUUUUCAACGCGCCAGUAUCUCGUCGGAGGAUUUUACGCUGAGAACGAUUUUCGUACUUACUAUAUGUGCGAUCGCCUGCCAGUGCACGAAAGAAUCGUUAUAUAGACCUUUUCGAGCGAAAUGUAUAUACACACACACACACACACAAUGCACGCACCAAACUUAUAUGCGUAAUAUAUACAACAUAAAGGACGUUAUUGUUUAAGUGAGAAUGAUCAAUCGUUUAUUUUAUAUUUCGUACACUCCGCAAUGUACUGGCGUAUUGUCAUUUACGUAGAUCAACUCUUGAUUUUACGGUAAUUUAUUGAGACGAUUUACGCGAUCAGACUUACUUUGAGAAUAUUCGUUAUUUCGAAAAUUGGGUAAUUUAAUUAAGGUAUGCCUUUGAGUGACGAUUUUUUUUCCGUUGAAACUUAAUGCACGCAAAGAGGAGAAAAAGUACAUCAUGAAGAUUGAUAAUGAUAUAUUUUCGCAAUUUUUUUUUUUGUAUAGGCGUGUCGACCUUUUUUUUUAUCGUAUUAAAAUACACGUGCACGAGAAUCGGAUAUUGGUUCUAACAUUUUGUUAAAAAAAAAGAUGAGAAAUCUCUUUCUGUCUUUCUAUUUGUCCAUUUAUCUCUCCCGUCUUCUUGAGAAAUAUUUCAAUUCCCAGUAAUAUUGAUGAAUAGCCCAGGUUAUUCUAUUUUACGGCGCAACGCGUUUUAGAAAAGGAAGAGAUCGAUUUUUAUUAGUAGUACCACGUGUACAUCUCUCCAAGUGGAAUAAUAUUACGCAAGUAACGCAUACGGGCAUGAAGAAAGUGAUAUUAAUUAAGCGUACAAGUAGAAAGAUAUGUAAUCUAUCUCCGACGAUCUUUCCCGUGUUCCUUCUUUCUGUACUGCAAACAGCAAAGAAAAAAUCAAAAUUAAAUAGCAUAAUAUCCAACAAAAAGAUAUUUCUGCCUCACCCACAACAAACCGGUCGCGCGAAGUAUCGCUAAGUACACAAAUCACAAUUCAAUUUCAUACAUUAUUAUUUAAUUGGUUUUAGUUCGUCUUCUAACAAUCUCUUGAUAAAUUAGUUGUUAAUUGUCAGCUAAUAUACAACAGUCGAUGGAGAAAAGGAUCGGAAAUAUAUUUAUGUAUUUUUCUUCUUCCCGGUCCACUCCAUUUCAUUUUUUUCUCACUACAAUUAAUCUUGCACCACGUUACAUGCGAUCAAUGAACAUCUUACGAUCCGAAGAAAUGCAAAAACGUAUGGAAUAUAUACAACACGGUUGCGUUUAUUAUAAAGGGAUAAAUUAUAUUAAUUUCCGUAUGAGUAUAUUACCGUUGU